ACUCAUUUUUCUCAAGUACUCCGUUUCAAUGCAGACGAUCAACGGUUGAGUCCUUUGAAAGAUCGCCUGGUUUGCAACGUCUGCGUGAGAAUCACCUUUAGAGCAUGUUGAGCCUGUUGAGAGCCGAGACGUACGGCUGGACAUCAGCCCCAACAACUGACACAGACGGAUUUCAUCAGCAGCCAUGGGGCAAACCUAACAACCAUUGACCACCAAGUUUAUACGUCCAGGGAAGCAAAGCCGAUGCGAUCUGAGUCAAGCCAGAAGGGGUAUACACCGUGAUUCUCAGUGCUGACCCUCAGCAUCGUGACCUUCAUGCUAUGCCUUCAGGAUCCGACUAUCCGUCGCAAUAUCAUCAUGCAGUCAGAAGAGGUCCUUCAGCCCAAUCAUUUCCCUUCCGAUCUUGUACUAUCGAUUCCAGGAUUCGAGAUCUGGGACAAUAUAUGGUUCCGAGAUGAUACUUUCUGUGAGGCUUCGAGUCGACGACUGGGUAUUUUGGCUGACUUUCAUUCAUCAGAUGCCUUCACCGUAAGAGAAAAAUGCAUGGAGCGAUGUUUCGGCCUCGCAUCGUAGCGGUCAAAUGCACCUCUUCCGACCAUCAGAAGCGAUUGAGGAUGAAAUGGUAGAAGCUG